AUUACGUCACUGUGUAAAAUGUGAUGCCAUGUGGUUUCUGAUAACGAUUUAAUAAAAUGUUUCGUGUUGAAAGUUUAUUACAUUACUGAGACAGUUGGAAAUGAGUUCUCGGAAAGGUGCCGCGUCUCGAACCCGAGGCCAAAAAUAUCAAAACACGACCGCGUUUAAGAAUGAUAAAUACGGCGCGAGUCCUCAGGUGAAGAAAGCCAACGCGAAGAUGCACGACGGUGUGUGUCAGCGCUGUAAGGACAUCCUGGAGUGGAAAGUCAAAUACAGCAAAUACAAGCCUCUCACACAACCUCGCAAAUGUGUGAAGUGCCUGCAGAAGACAGUGAAGGAUGCGUAUUACAUCAUGUGUCGGCCCUGUGCUCUCCAGCUGCAGCUGUGCGCGAAGUGUGGGAAGAGCGAAGAGGUGGUCAUUCCGCUGGACAAAAAGGAAGAAGAGGAAGUGGAGGAAGAAGAAACAAAAGCUAACAGGAGGAGAAAAAAGGGAAACGUCCAUCAAACAGACGAGGAGGAUGAACUGGAUGAUUUCGGUGAAAUGGACAGCGAUUGUGAUUCUGAGGAGAUGGAAAAAUAAGGAGAUGCUUCCAGUAAUUAUUCGGUUAAAACCAAAAUAUUUUUAAUUCCUAAAUUGGCAACGACUUCUCAACUGAAUCACAUGACGGACCUUACAGGAAAACGAUCGUCAUUUUCAUACACAUUUUCUUGUAUUUAGUUUUUGUCCUAUAUGUUUUGUAAAUUGUUACAGUAUUAAAAAUUAUGUUUUACUUA